GCGCGCUCUCCGCCCGCUCCGGCUGCAGCGCCGGCUGCAUCAAUAAUUCAGAGCGGCGGCGGCGGCGGCAGCGGCGGGUGCGGGCAGGAGGCGGCGGCAGCAGCGGGACCGAGCAGCAGCGGCUAUGCAUCCAAGUGCGGCUGGUCAGCCGCGGCACCCCUGAGGCCCGGGCGGGGCUCCGGGAACACAGCGCGGAGGGGACGCUAGUCCCGGAGUGCGAGGAAGAGGUGUAGCGUCCAGAGCGGCGGCGGCUGAGCUGCGCACGGAGCUGAGGAGGGGGCUUCGGAGCGGGACUGGGACGGGGGGGGCGGCUGGCGCGAGCAGCCCUGGGGGUGGGGGGCGGGGUGGGCGCCGGCGGCGCGAUGCUGGGCGUCCUGGAGCUGCUGCUGCUGGGGGCUGCGUGGCUGGCGGGUCCGGCCCGCGGGCAGAAUGAGACGGAGCCCAUCGUGCUGGAGGGCAAGUGCCUGGUGGUGUGCGACUCCAACCCCACGUCCGACCCCACGGGCACUGCCCUGGGCAUCUCUGUGCGCUCCGGCAGCGCCAAGGUGGCUUUCUCUGCCAUCAGGAGCACCAACCACGAGCCGUCCGAGAUGAGUAAUCGCACCAUGAUCAUCUACUUCGACCAGGUACUAGUGAACAUUGGGAACAACUUUGAUUCAGAACGCAGCACUUUCAUCGCCCCGCGCAAAGGGAUCUACAGUUUUAACUUCCACGUGGUAAAAGUCUACAACAGACAGACCAUCCAGGUGAGCCUCAUGCUAAACGGGUGGCCGGUGAUUUCAGCCUUCGCUGGUGACCAGGACGUGACCCGGGAGGCCGCCAGCAACGGAGUCCUAAUCCAAAUGGAAAAAGGCGACCGAGCAUACCUCAAGCUGGAGCGGGGAAACUUGAUGGGGGGCUGGAAGUACUCGACCUUCUCCGGAUUCCUCGUGUUUCCUCUCUGACUGGCUCGUAGCCGGAAGGGAGGCAGGGAGAGGGCGAAGGCAGGAAGGGGAGUGAGAAAGAGGCUGAAAUUAAGAGGGCGAGAAAGCAGCACGACUUGAAACUUCCUACAUGUUCUCUAACUGUAUCUGGGUUAAAAGGUGCGCGCCAGCUGUGGGACAACUUUGUCCAUUUCCUUAUUAGGAGAAAUAAAUUUCACUUAGCUCUGCGCACUCCCAUUUCCAAAAACAAACUCGCCUCCCCCAUUCCAGUUGCAGUAAUCAAGAAAGAGACUGCCUUGUCAUUGUUUCUUGUCCCCCAACUUCAUGUUUCCUGCAAUUUAUUUAAAGAAACUUUGUAUUUCACUACAUAAUCUGAAAUCUUUCUCCCUAGCCCCCUCUGAAUCCUUCUGCCUACUGAAAUCUGAUAUAUUACCCGCCCCCAACCUUUUUUUUUUUUUUUUUUCCAGUUUGGAAAGGGGUAAGGUUUUUUUUGUUGUUGUUUUGUUUUGGAUGGGGAAGGUAGUUUUCAUUUGGCAAGUGUUGCUCUUCUUAAAACACUGUUCAAGUUAAUUAGCUGAAGAUACUUAGUAUCCUCGGCUGCUUGUUAGCAGAGAAAGGACUCACCUUAGUGGUGACUGGUUUAAAAAAUAUAAAUAUAUAUCAUUUGUACACGAAGAACUCUUCCCAGUGGAAACUGGCUGUGUUUCCGUAUUUCUAUGUCCUAUUCGGAGUGAUCGUGAAAUCUAAGGCUGCUUGAUGUUCUGAUGCUUGUCAAUGCCGUCGUGCUCUGUGGCUCCACGAAACGCCAAGGAGCUUCUUCCGGACGCUUCCUCUUCCUCUGUAACAUACGUGUGAAUAGCCAAGGUUUAAUUUUGCUUUAAUCUAAUAAAGUCGAAGUGGGACUUUUA